CAUGAGGAGUAUGAUAAGAGAUCUAACACUGGCUGAUUGUGAUCAGUAAAGCGUCUGAUCAUCUCAGAGAGACAGUUACACCACGUUUCUACUGAAGCAACAUGGACGACCUAGUGAUGGAGUGUAUAUUCUUACUGGUGCUUGUAACACUACUCAGUGUUCUGCAAAAUGCAUUCUUCGCUCAGAAAGUUGAGAAGGAGUGUAAGGCGCAUAAUAGCAAAACAGCUGCCGUUGAGCGUUUAGUCUGUGCCAAUCGGAACUGCAUGGACAUGUACCCAACGUUUCUAGCUGUCAUGUGGUGUGCUGGUUUCUGCCUCAGUCAAGCCCCAGCUGCCUUUGCUGGGCUUCUGUAUCUUGUGGCCAGGCACAAGUACUUCAUUGGAUACAUGGGCCAAACAUCUCAGAGCACUCCUGGCUUCCUGUUUGGAAAACGUGUCCUCUCCUUCCUGUUCCUCAUGUGUGUCAUUGGUAUUCUGAACUACAUACUAGGCACAUAUGGGAGCGAGGAAUAUAAAGAGUACAUUCAGACCAUCACCAAAGCAGCCUCUACCCUCCUCCUUCUCCCUUAACACACCUUCAGCCUGUCGCACAGAACCGGCCUGUCGCACAGAACCGGCCUGUCGCACAGAUCCAGCCUGUCGCACAGAUCCAGCCUGUCGCACAGAACCAGCCUGUCGCACAGAUCCAGCCUGUCGCACAGAUCCAGCCUGUCGCACAGAUCCAUCUAAUUCACUGACAGCACUGUGACACAUACACAUCCCAUAAUAUGUUCAGAGUGUAUUGAAUUGCUAUCCUGUCUGUUAGUUCAAACACAUGGUAUCCAUUAUAUUAUUUCAGUAUCCCAUAAAAAACAUGACUAAAUUAUAAUUGUUUUUAUCCACCGUUUAUGACCUUUAAUCCCCUUUUACUAUUGUUUACUGCAUUGUGCAUUGCUUGGAGAACAUUUGCAUCAGCCCUUGUGUUUCUCAUUAUCGGCCACAACCAGUGCUUCAUUAAUAAAAAUGUGAACGUUA